GUGAAAAAUGGCGAGCUCAGUGGAGAGGGAGGGUGCAAGAGAGGAAGUUGUUUCCAUCGAACUCCCUGCACUUGCUGGCUGGAAGAAGAAGAAGGUGUUAGCAAGGUUCGAAGGCUUCCCUGUAAAGAACUACUCAAAGUUGGAUGCCAUAGCCACUGAACUGCAUAGUUUGAAGAUCGUAUCUCCCAUGGGGCAGCUCCUUGAUAAAGUUGAACGCUACUUCACUAAGAUCAAAGGAGAAGUGGACGCAAUGGAACGAACCAAAGAUGAAGAGUACGUCCAAGAAAUUUCAGAGUCACAAUAUCGAUUUCGACUUCCAUAUCCUUAUAAGAAUCAAAGAAGCAAUGGUAGAUGUUUCCUCAAGCUGCAUGGAGUUGGCUCUACAGGAGAGAAGGGAAGCAAAGGCCUCAGAGAAGAAAGAACCAGGACCAAAAAGUGACUCACGAACAAAGGGAUGUGCCAAAUUGCUGUGGAAGGCUUUCCAAUUUGCAUUUCGGGUCUAUAGUUUUGCUGGUGGACAUGAUGAUCGAGCUGACAAGCUGACAAGAGAAUUGGCUCAUGAAAUAGAGAAUGAUCCUCACCACCAGUGACACAGCUUCUCUACUUUCACCCCUCAAAAACCACACAAUACUUUAUAUUUACAAUAUUAUGUUGUGAGAUAUUGUAAAUGCUAUGAUAUUUUGUUAUAAUACAUAAAAUAAUAAUAUGAUAGAAUGUGCAGCAGCGGAAAAAGAUUUAGAAUUGCUUCUUGCUCGCGCUCAAACAAAUCAAAGAAUGAUGCGGAAAUUGACGGAGUCGAUCGUGUCCUACAUCACAAGCAAUGAGAAUUCGCAUUCGGUAAGGAGUUUUAUGUCUAUGAGAAUUCAAAUUAUCAUAAACAAGAAAGAUGACGUUUUGUGAAAUAUGAAUUGUGGAAGAUAUUGUACGUGUGUUGUUGUAUGUACAGGAAGUCUAUGGACUAUGGGGAAAUGGAAAUUCUUGUGUAUUUA